GGUUCUUCGCGGGGGUCAGGCCUGCCUGCAGCUUCACUACAGGUGACGUGAUGCCUCAGUGUGAGUUCAGAUUCGAGUCCGGACGAAAGGGAGUUCAGCACAACAACUGUAAGCCCAACGAUCUGCCCAACGGUCACAUUCCUGAUGCACGUUGGGUUAAUAGGGCAAGGCGUCGACAUGGAGCCAGUGAGAGUACGAAUGCUGGCUCUCUGGACCGCAGAGACUGGAGUACUAAAGUUGUGUUUCCGAAGAACCCCGGGAAACAAAAGGGUGCUUUUUCACCUGUCACUAAUGAUACGCCAGCUGGAAGAGGGAGAGUUGCAGAUGUGCCUCGGUACACUACAGCCAAUGGCCACCAACGUGGAGCCAGCGAGAGUACGAAUGCUGGCUCUCUGGACCGCAGAGACUGGAGUACUAAAGUUGUGUUUCCGAAGAACCCCCGGAAACAAAAGGGUGCUUUUUCACCUGUCACUAAUGGUACGAGAGCUGGAAGAUGGAGAGUUGCAGAUGUUCCGCAGUAUGCUACGGCCAAUUGCGCCGCCAGUUUUGGUGUCACUCAUUACUAUAAGCCUGAACAAGCAGCACCAGACCCCAGAUUUUCUGCAUCCGAGGAGAAACGAAGAGGAAAUAACCGCUUCAGAAACAAGAAGAAAAGAGGUAUGGACAUGACCUUUCCAGAAGCUUAUAAGCCAAUCCUGAUGUCCUUGCAAGAGAAGGAAGACUGGGACAAAGAGAUCCAAGAUGUCACUCUCAAAAAGAGGGUGGAGUUGAAUGUAGUGACCGUGCCUUAUGGUCCGGAGGAUGUGCUCCACUUCUCUCUGCAGGAUUUGUCACUUCGGCAAAACAACAUGGCCGAUGCACCGGUGGCGGCUAAUUACAGUCCAGCUGUGCACCACGCACAUCCGAUACGAUGGCGCCGCUACCGCUUUGCCAUUCAAUCAGAGCAGUUUGCAGACGCCGAGGAGUGAGGCAGGUGCUAGCCACAUAUCGUAACCAACAUCUUAUAAGACGUGGGUGCUUAGCGUUUUUUACAGUUGACCCUAUGUGGGGAUCCUGGAAAGUAGCUGUGAAUAGAAUAUUUGUCAUAUGGUCUUGUUUCUCCCAUGAAUAUGGCUUAGUUUUCAUAAAUUAAAAGGUAAAUAUUUACUUAAAUUUCGACAUCAAAUAUGUCGUCUUAAAUUAUAAGAUAGCACAAGUUGCAUGUAGUUUCUUCCAUGUUAUAUUUUAUCUGAUCAUU